UCCUGUGGUUCAGGUGCCAUGCUAGUCAACACUACUCGGGAGUUAGUUAAGCCGUGAGAACAUGGUGUAAAUUUCGUAAAUUUCGUAAAUUUCAGCGGUGUGGUCGUUUGGGGGCUCCACGGGAUGGUGGUGUAUCAAGCCUUAGGCCCCAUCCGGGCGACCUGGCGUCAAUUGACGUUUUGUCUGCGGAUUUUGGCGGAUUUGGUGUCGGACGUGACCUUUCACUUGCUGUAUUUCGGACGCAAGAAAACGCUACCUCCGUUGAAUCACAAGAUUCUUUUGCUCUCGGCGAGUCAAUUGGCCGAAAAAAUACGAAGCAGACAGAUAUCCUCCGAAUUCCUCGUCCGAGCUUGCAUCGAACGCAUCGCCGAGAUUCAGCCCGUGCUCAAUGCUGUCGUCGACCAACGCUACGACGAAGCCUUAGCCACGGCUCAAAAAGUCGACCGAGAUUUGGCCGCCAUGGACUCAGAGCCCACUGGGGUUCACCUGGCCGAGACCACGCCCUUCUUGGGUGUGCCGUUCAGCGUCAAAGAAGGUGUACGCGUGCAAGGGCUGCAUCAGAGCUACGGUUUAACGGCACGGGCCGAUUACGUCGCCCCUUCGGAUUCGGAUAUGACCCGGGCUCUGCGGCAAGCGGGUGCCAUUCCUUUGUGCGUGAGCAACGUCUCGGAACUGGGUCUGUGGUGGGAUUCGUCCAAUUAUGUCUAUGGGACCAGUUGUAACCCGUAUGACACAACCCGUAGUCCGGGUGGAUCUAGCGGAGGUGAGGCGGCUUUGCAAGCCGCCUGCGGGAUUCCGAUCAGUAUUGGUACUGAUACAGGCGGAUCCAUCCGCACGCCGGCCGCAUUUUGCGGGCUCUUUGGCCACAAAGCUACCCCGGGUCUGAUGUGUCUUAGGGGUGCCGACAUCGUGGAUCCUCCAGCGAGUUAUGUAUCGCAAUUGCAAGUCGCCGGCCCCAUGUCCAGGAAUGUGGAGGAUUUGGUUCCCAUUUUGCGAGUUCUCAUGGGCUCGAAAGCCGAUAAACUUCGUUUGGAUCAAGAGGUGUAUUUGACUCAGUUGAAAUUCUUCUACGUGGACGAGAGCAUUGGUUCAAAUUUGGUCAGUCCUGUGGCUCCGGAAGUUCGUCAAGCCCUAUUUCGUGUCAUUGAUUUCUUGGAGGACAACUUUGGGGUCCAGGUUCAGCGACUGAAACUGCCGAGAUUCCGCCAAUCCAUCUCAAUUUUUACUCAUGCAUUAGUCCAAGACUCGUGUGAAUCACCAUUAUCCAUUUGUCAGAGCUUAAGCAAUAACCAAGGUUCAAUAUCCAUUGUGAAAGAGUGGUCGCGUUGGAUCAUCGGUCGGGGAGGACAUAUUUUCCCCAAUCUAGUCAACGCCUCUAUGAAUCGAGUUUCCCAAGGAAUGCUUUGGACCACGAGCUUGAUGCCGCUGAGAUCCAAAAAAGGUGACCCCCAAGGAACAUCUAAUCGCGAUUCCUUGAAACGAGAGCUUAUGGAUAUCUUGGGAACAAAUGGAGUGCUAUUGUGUCCAGCCCAUCCAACGACCGCUCCGUAUCACUUUCAAUCGUACUCGAAGCCGUUCAACUUCAUCUACAGUGGCAUCUUCAAUGCCCUCGGGUUUCCUGCUACGACUGUUCCAUUGGGACUCAAUUCCGAAAACCUUCCACUCAGCAUUCAAGUUGUGGCGGGCCCCUUCAAUGAUCGCCUCACAUUGGCUGUGGCAAAUGCUCUGGAACGUCCGUUUGGAGGGUGGAUUCCUCCAUUUCGGGAUACGUCCAACUUAUUUUAUUAGCUAUGACUGACUCAGUUGUAAUGCGAUAUAUAUAUAAAUGAAGACCUAUUUCUUCUGA